AUGAGCGACGGCGACGUUGCAUCUGAUGCAUCAUCUGAUGACAUAGGGGCUCGGCUCGAGAAAAUCGAACUCGCAAAGCAGCAGCAGCAAAAGGAGGAAACAAGUGAUGAUGAUGAUAACGAUGACGAGGAACUGGUGGAACUGGUAGAGCCUCAACCAGAGGGAAAAUCGCCAGAAGAGUCACGGGCUGCUGCUGCUGCCAGGGGAGUUGCCAAAGGUAGAGAAAGCUUUGCAAGCGAUCUAGCCAAGUUGAAAAAGGAUGAGCUGAAAGAAAAGUUCAGAGGGCUCGGUCUAAAAGUGGGCGGGAACAAGACAGAGCUCGUUGAGAGAAUCAUGGGUCAUGCUAAUACUGCAAGGGCCGAGCCAAAUAGAGAGGAGAGAGUUGACAAAAGCGGAAGCACAGAAAUGAAGGAAGAAACGAAGCUCGAAGACAAAGAAUCACAACCCAAGUGGGGAACAAGCUCUGCUCGGGAUGUUCUCUACAAACUCCUUUUGGAUGGUGUGAUUCCGGACAGAGACAAGAUGGAACCGAAAGAUGUAUUUGAAAAGCACUGCAAACACAGGCCAGAGUUUAAAUACUUUCAAGACUACAAAGGGAUGAAGUUUGCUGAUAAGCUUAAUAAAACCAGGAAAAGAGUGGAGAAAAAGAAGAAUCGGUCCACUGAGGAUGAUGAAUUUUAUCAGCAUGACAGGAACAUAUUUCCUGAGAGGACCCAGGACACACACGGAGAGCCGGUUUGGGCAGGGUCCAAGGCUCAAGACCUGCUUCUCAAAGACUUGGACCAGGAAACAUUGAACGGGUUGAAGCCAAGGCAACUGCAUGUCACACGGGACGAAUAUCUGGAAUACUCACUGGAUAAGUUCCGAAACAAAAUAUAUCAGGAAAACAAGUGGAAGAAGGACAAGCCUGGGUGGAAUUGGGGUCUGAAAAUGCAAAGAGCAAGGAGUCUGAAAAAGCCAAGAGCAAGUAGUACAAGCCAAGAGCAAGUACUAUUAAUAGUACUGUGUUGGUAA